UAACAUGACAACAUCUAGUUAUGGAUUUGGAAAUGAAACUGUUGGAAGUGUAAUUAAUGAUAAUAUACAAAAUAUUGAUAUUUAUCAACCAACAGGAAUAACACGUCAACCGAGUCUACAGCGAGUUGAAGAAUGGCAAAUUUUCCAACAGAAAAUACAAAUCAAAUGGAAACUGAUGCUGAGCUUGCUGAAAAUGUUCAGUUUACUGAUUAUUCAGAGUAUUUUACAAUGGAAUUUGAUGAUAUUGAACCAUUAACAACAUCAUCAUCGUCAUGUAAACCAUCGAGUCAGUCAACUCCACAAAAAAGAACAAACGUCUUGCCAAUUAAUACUGCUGCUGUUGGAUCUGGUGGUAAACGUCAACGUACUGGUAACAACACCAACACAACUCCAACAACAUCAACAACAACAUCAACAACAACAACAACAACAACUGCUAGAAGAUCAUUAUUUAAAGUACCUGAACGACGAUCAUUAAAUGAUUCAUCAUCAAAUAUGAGUUUGAAUAAUUCAACAGCAUCAAAUUCAAGUCGUUCUAGAUCACAAUCACCAUCAUUAUCAACUGUAUCAGCAUCAUCAAGAACAUCACAAGCAUCAAUUUGUUGUAAUAAUUAUGGAACUGAUCACACCAAUCGAGCAAGUAAGCUUUGUUUAAAUCAUAGACUACCAAUUAAAGAAAGAGCAAUGAAAAAAUUAAAUCAAAAUAAAGAAAAACCAACAAACUUUGAAACACAUACUAUUAAAAUGGCUAGUAUAAGUGUGUUGGAAAAAAAAAUGAGCAUCAUUGAUGGGUUUCAAUCUCCUGACCGUACAAUUAAUCCAAAGUCUUUAUCUAUUGAUGAAUCAAGUACACCAAAAAUGUCAAAUAUAAAACGACUUAAAACUUUAGAGGUCAAUUUGGAAAAAGAAUAUGAUGAGAAAAUAUCAAGUAAUAGAGAUUCUGAAGAUGAAAUUGAGGAACGAAAAAUAACAAAUAAAAAGAAACCAAUAAUCAAUUUAGAACAGGAAAAUAAUAUUGAAAGAACCAACAAUAUAAUUGAACCAGCAAUCAAUUUGGAACAAGAAUAUGAUAAACAAAUAUUGAGUGAUCAACAUUUUAAUAAUAACAUUGAUAAAUCCAAAAUAAUAAAACAAAAUGACCCCUCAAAUAAAUUAAAAACUAAUGAGGAUGUAAAUGUUAGUAACAAACGAAAAUCUAAUGAAGAAUAUGUCACCAAAGAAGAUUUAAAAAACUUUGCAGCAGAUUUUUUAACUCAGCUUGGAAUUAAUCCUCAUAAAAAAUAUAAAACAUCAGAUUCUACUGAUGAAAAUUCCAAAACUGAUUCCAAUAUUAAGCUAAAAGUUUUAGAAUCAAAAGAUAAAGAACAUCAAUUAGAAAUUCCAUAUGAUAAAUGGAAAACCGCUAAAACUAAAUCAACAUGCACAUCGAUGACAUGGUCAUUAGUUUUGGCAGCAUUUGACCAAAAAACUUUGAUUGCUAGUAAUUAUCAUGGAGGUGCAUCUAAAAAAAUUAGCAAUGAUAAAAACCAAAUGAAAUUGAAGAAACUUGACGAAAAUAUUAUUCUUAUUAUAAAAGAAACUGUCAGGGAUAGAUUUCCAACACAAUUCAAUGCUGUAUCUUUUGGUUCAAACAUAAAUACAAGAUUGUCGCAAUUACGUAAAAAUACACAACUACAACAAGAAAAAAUUGAGGAGACAACAAAUAAUUAAAUUUAAA